AUGUCGGGCCCCGCGGGCGAAGCCGGCGGUGCAGGAGGGUUCGACUUACUGAGAAGAGCGACGCAGGCCAUGAUGUCAAGCCCAGUGGCGAUAGAAACGGAACCUGGCCCUCCCCAAGCGUUCGCACCAUCAGAACAAGACAUUGCGGAGCCCCAGAGCCCGCACUCACAUCAUCUUGCGGCGGCAACAUGCGCCGCGGGUUCUCGGGCUGCGCCCAGGGGCGGACAGGCUUACCUUAUCAACCAACAAUUCUACAAUGAGCCCGAACCCGUCGGACUCGCCGAGUCUGCCGCGGCAGAGGACGAUGGGUUGGAUCACAUUGGAGUCGAUUCGCCGCGCUCUGGCGUCGCGACUCCGCAGCCUGACCUCCAUGACCGACGGCUGCCCGGCAUCAUGAGCUACUUCAACCAGUUGCAAGCUGCAACGCCGGCCGAGCUGCCACUUGCCCCGGUGGAACCUGCCUUGGGGCCCGGUCCGUCAGAAAACGGUCCUCCGCGCCCCGGCCAUGGCGCGUCGGGGCCUGCCGCAGAGGCAUCGCUCCGGGAAGAAGGCCAGCUGCACACAUAUCCUACACCUCCAGAUUCGCAGCGCUCCUCGCUGCGUAAUUUCCCCAGCGAAUCGUGCAGCCGCAAGUCCGCCGAAGUCACCCCUCCGGUGUCGCGACCGGCCAGCCUGCGUCACCCGAGCAACUCAGACUUCGGCGGAGGCAAAGCGAGGAGAUCUUCUCUGCUGGCACCUCUCACCACCACUGUUGAUACAUCAACCGUAUCAGCCCGGCACCUGUCCAACCCUGCAGCACCCGCAUCUGCGAUUUCUAGCUCCGCCAGCCGGGUGCACCUCGGUCCCAGCGAUGGAGAUCACGUCUCUUACGAGUCUGCCUCCAUGGUACUUCUCAGGAAGAAGCUAACAGAUGUGUCGACUACAAAGAGCGGCGCCUCCACCCCGACUAGGGCUCUUUCCUCGACUCAUCCAUCACAGGAGGAUGUGAGGCACAAAAACGGCGACAGGAUCGACCGGACGGCGACAAGCACGCCAACGUCUCAUGGAGCACACGCGCCCGCUGCGAAGGGCAAGCUCACCAUCAAGGUUUCUGAGGCCAGAGGUUUGAGAAAGUGCCGCGAUCCCUACGUCGUUGUGGUCUUCCAACGAAGCGAGCUCAUCUCCUCCGGUCCGCAUCCUGCUGAGGCUGAUGAUGACGACGCCGCCGUCGCCGCCGUCGCUAUGGGCGGGGUCCCCAUCCAGCGGCAGGGGAGCGAUUCUGGCCGGCCGAUGGCUAUCCCGAUGCGGAGCCGACAAAGCAGCAACACCAGCCUCACCGACUUCAACACUUUCCGCAACCGCCACUCUCGCCGAUCAUUUACCAACCCGAAGUGGGAUGCCGAAGCUCUUGUGGAUAUCUCGGUGUACGGACGCGGCCAAUCCGGGGAGGAAUUCCUGGGCCAUGUCGACUUCGAAGCGGUGAUCUCCGAGAGAGAAGCGCCGGUCCGGGGCUGGUAUGCAUUGAAAGGCCACGCGGAUACCAUGGCCGAAAACGCCCCCACGGGCGAGAUCUACGUCGAAUCCUUCUUCCAACGGGCGGAGAAGAAGCAUUUCGGGCCUGAGGACUUCCAGAUCCUACGGCUCAUCGGCAAAGGCACGUUUGGCCAAGUGUACCAAGUCCGGAAGAAGGAUACCAAGCGCAUCUACGCCAUGAAGGUGCUGUCCAAGAAGGUCAUCGUGCAGAAGAAAGAGGUGGCCCACACGGUCGGUGAGCGCAAUAUCUUGGUGCGCACCGCCAUGUCGGAUUCGCCCUUUAUUGUGGGGCUCAAGUUCUCCUUUCAGACGCCAUCCGACCUCUACCUCGUGACGGACUACAUGUCGGGUGGGGAGCUGUUUUGGCAUCUGCAGAAGGACGGCAAGUUCGAGGAGAAGCGGGCCAAGUUCUACAUCGCCGAGCUCAUCCUCGCCAUCCAACACCUGCAUGAGAACGACAUCGUCUACCGCGACUUGAAGCCCGAGAACAUCCUGCUGGAUGCCAACGGUCACAUUGCGCUCUGCGACUUUGGCCUGUCGAAGGCGAACCUGACCAAGAACGAUACCACCAACACGUUCUGCGGCACAACCGAGUACCUGGCACCCGAAGUGCUCCUGGACGAAAGCGGUUACACCAAGAUGGUGGACUUCUGGUCCUUGGGCGUUCUCGUGUUCGAGAUGUGCUGCGGCUGGAGCCCGUUCUACGCCGAAGACACGCAGCAGAUGUACAAGAAUAUCGCCUUCGGCAAGGUUCGGUUCCCUCGUGACACGCUCUCCGUAGAAGGGCGGAACUUCGUCAAGGGAUUGCUCAACCGGAACCCGAAGCACCGGCUCGGUGCCACGGACGAUGCCGAGGAGCUCAAGAGACACCCCUUCUUUGCCGAUAUCGACUGGGACGCCCUCUCCAAAAAGCUCAUCACCCCGCCGUUCAAGCCGCAGCUGAAGAGCGAUACCGAUGUCUCGUACUUUGAUCCCGAGUUCACCAACGCGCUCAACACCAACGGGUCGCUCAAUGAGCGCGCUGCGGCGCUUGCCAAAGGCUACGCGACGUCCACCCCGCUCUCGCCUUCGGUGCAAGCCAACUUCCAAGGCUUCACCUUCGUCGACGAGAGCGCUCUGGACGACCAUAUGAUGGACCGAUACCACGGCAAGUACGAAGACGAGGAGAUGGACGACGCCGACCGCAAGAAGGAUGACGAUUGGGACGACAUCAACGAUGUCGAUGCCCGCAGCCCCCACCGGAUGAGCGGCAUUGUGAAGGGUAACAACAAUGCCAACGACGAGCAAAUGUUUGGUGCAUGCAACUUCGACAUGUAA